AUGUAUCGAGAAAGCUCUAAUUUAACUCCAUUUCCAAAACUGGUUGUUAAAAAGAGUAAGGCUGUUGAUCUACAAAAAGUUAAGCUUCUUGCAGAAAAUUUUAUAGGGAAGACGGACGUCAUAGUAGACGAAUUACCAGGUUUCAGCAAAGUAGACUCUGCUAAAAUUGAAGAGCUUGGUACCUUGCUUGACCUCUUCAGUUUUCUUUUGUCUAAAAAUUAUUUUAGCAGUACCGACGUAGUUUUCAUGCAAAUUCUUUUGAGACGCAUAAAGCGUGAAGACCUUGAAAAAAUGUGCAUUAAGUAUGCAACUGAGGACUCCAAGGCCUUGUGUUACUACGCAGAAAGUGAAAAACCAGUCAAUGGAUACACUCAUGUGCACUUCCACAUAUCUGAGAAUAUUAUAAACUACCCUCGGGAAUAUGCUGAAAAAAUAAGAGAGACUGUUGCUAUAUUAGUUGGUUGUCCUAUGGACUGUCAGGACUGUCUACAACUGGACGGUAUUCGUCACACGAGUAGUUUCAAUAUAGUUUUCCAAAUGAAGAAUGAAUACGUGAAAAAACUAUUAAACUUGCAGCCCCAAAAUUUUGCAGUGCUUGGAAGAUAUUCCGUAGACAAAAUAAUUGUUGGAGGACAAACAAUCCAUAUUGACUGCAGUGAAAUGUAUCAUCAACAGAAAAUGCUACAGAAAUUAAUAGUUGAUGAUUCCACCUACUAUGAGACGAGCGCUUACAAAGUGGUCUUUGAGAAAAUGAUGAAAACCAAUGUUGUCGUUUUAGUUGGAGAGCCUGGAUGUGGUAAAACAAGUCUAGCUCAUCAUCUUGCCCUUCAACUCAAUGAAAAUUAUAACUUUUGUCCUAUUUCAAACAUUACAGAUAUUAAUCACUUAUUUCAUCCCAACCAAUCACAGUUUUUCCUACUUAAUCUCUGUACUGAAAACAUACCUCAUCCAUUUCUUCUUUCUCACAAAGAACUACAUUUGAUAGCAGGUUGCUUAUUUCGGUCGCAAUAUAUUUCUCUACCAGAGGAAUCUGCUAACGUCAAGUGUUCUUUUGAACCUGAGGAUGAAUUCCAAGCAAACACUACAGAAUCAGGUCAAAUGACUUUUGUAGAAAAAUGGAUUGAUCAUGGCGCUGACAUAAAUCAUUGCCGUAUUUUUGAGGGGUUGUCACUAUUUGCUGCUUCAGAAUCUGAGUAUUUAACUGUUGUGGAGAUACUGAUCCAGCUAGGCGCUGACAUUAACCAAUGUGAUGAAUAUGGCGAGUCACCAUUGAUUGCUGCUUCGCGAUCAGGGCAUUUGAAUGUUGUGGAAAAACUGAUCGAUUAUGGCGCUGAUAUCAAUCAGUGUGAUGAAUUUGGCAGGUGUCCUUUAUUUGCUGCUUCAAGAUCAGGACAUUUGAAUGUUGUUGAAAAACUAAUCGAUUGUGGCGCUGACAUAUAUCGAUGUGAUGGGUUUGGCAGGCAGCCAUUGUUUGCUGCUUCACAGUUUGGUCAUUUAUCUGUUGUGGAGAAACUGAUUGAAUGUGGAGCUGACGUCAACAAAUGUGAUAAAAAUGGCAAUUCACCACUAGUUGCUGCUUCACGAUCAGGGUAUUUAACUGUUGUGGAGAAACUGAUUGACCAUGGCGCUGAUAUCAAUCAGUGUGAUGAAUUUGGCAGGUGUCCUUUAUUUGCUGCUUUACAAUUAGGACAUUUAAAUGUUGUUGAAAAACUAAUCGAUUGUGGCGCUGACAUAUGUCGAAGUGAUGGGUUUGGCAGGCAGCCAUUGUUUGCUGCUUCACAGUAUGGUCAUAUGUCUGUUGUGGAAAAACUGAUUGAAUGUGGAGCUGAUAUCAACAAAUGUGAUAGAAAUAGCGAGUCACCACUAAUUGCUGCUUCGCGAUCAGGGCAUUUGAAUGUUGUGGAAAAACUGAUCGAUUAUGGCGCUGAUAUCAAUCAGUGUGAUGAAUUUGGCAGGUGUCCUUUAUUUGCUGCUUCAAGAUCAGGACAUCUGAAUGUUGUUGAAAAACUAAUCGAUUGUGGCGCUGACAUAUAUCGAUGUGAUGGGUUUGGCAGGCAGCCAUUGUUUGCUGCUUCACAGUAUGGUCAUAUGUCUGUUGUGGAGAAACUGAUUGAAUGUGGAGCUGACGUCAACAAAUGUGAUAAAUACGGUGAGUCACCACUAGUUGCUGCUUCAAGAUCAGGACAUUCUUAUAAAAAUGUCGAGUCGCAACUCAUUGCUGCUUCAAAAUCUGAGAAUUUGAGUGUUGAAGAGAGAAUGAUUGAUCACGUCGCUGAUAUUAAUCAAUCUGAUAGUCAUGGCAAAUAUUCAUUUUUUGCUGCAUUUGAAUCAGGUCAUAAGACUGCUUUAGAGAAACAGACUGAACAUGAUGGAACAUGGAAUGAUGAAUCAGUUGUACACCAUUACUCGAGAAAAAAGAAAUCAAAGACAAACGUAGUGAAUAAAAGAAAAUCUGUUUUUUUACAAAUUUAG